AUGAGACCAAGCAGAGAGGACUUAGCCAGGAACGUCCCUGAAGCGACGGACGAUGAGGAUGUUCGGACGGGAGAACAGCAGCAGGCGGAUGAUGUCGAACCGCCGGACCCUCUGCGGCCUGCCGCCGCAAAUAUAUCAGAGGAGGAUGCCGCGCACAUUCUCGGCGACCAACAGGGCGCACCCAAUCCGUACUUGGCCAUACUCUUUGACGAGCCACUAACGAAACCCUUGGACGACAUCACCGAGGCUCGGCACCCUCUUGCGGUCAAGCUGCGACAGCUGCACGACUAUCAGUUCGAGCAGUGCGUCGAUCCACACCGGGGCUCCCUGGACGAUGUUUACACGGAGGAGCAGUUCCGCAUUCUCGUUUCAGACAUCCUGCCGUCCUGGGCCAUAGAGUACUUUCGGGAGUCGAUGAGUUUCCCCAGCCAGUCGCUGUGGAGGGCCUUGGCCGUGAGGGUGAUGAUCCUGAUGGCGCAUCACAUGCUGGGCAGGGGGAUAAGCAUCCGCGAGAUCCGCUACUGCAAUAUGUUCACUCACGUCCUUCCGCCCAGCACGAACAGCAAGGGGGAAUCGCCGAUCCACGUCCUCGUGGUCGCCUAUCGCAACUCGAAGACCAUCAAAGACAACAAGCUCGGCCAUCUGUACCUGACUCGACACAUGGACUUCCGGCAGUGCGGCUUCGGAGCAGUAUCCAUAUGGAUACAUUUCCUUUUCAACCUUGUGCCACUCCAAUACGGGAACGAUAAGAUCGUGCCCCCCUUGGAUUUCAGCAACCCGGAAAACUGGUCGAAGAAGCACAUGUUCCUCGCCCUCUUCGACAAGGACAAGACCGAGUUGCCGUACGCAACUCAUGCGAAAUGGGUGCUCUGGGCGAUGAAUAGUGCGGAGUGGAUCCUGUCGAAACUGGGUCAAUGGGACAUGAACGAGAUGCGCAUGUCAUACGUCACAGGCAUCCCGCGCGGGGCCAUCCAGCUGCAAGCGGGGUUCACGACGGAACCGGGUGACUAUUACAUCGGAAGAUCGAAAAGCGAAGUACCCGAGAAGGUCGUGAAGGCCAUCGAGAAGCACAUCUUUCCGAAGGCGGAGCAGUGGCUCCAAGAGAUGUCGGAUUUGUGCAAGGACAUAGACUUCCAAGAAUGGGCGCUUGACGUGUACCUGCUCGACAACUACGUCAUCGAGAUGCGGACCAACCCGACCAUGUCGAGAGCAUCGGACGCAUCCUUUCAACUCAACACCAAGCACGUCAUCACGCAACUUCCGGCGGAGGUUAACUUACACAAGGAGGCAGGAGGGAAGAAAGAAAUCAAGAUCAAACACCUCGAGCACAAGGUCGAUUCAUUGGAGCGGGAGAAGGGCGCGAUGCAAGCGGCGUUGGAGGCGAAGGACGAGGCACUCGCGCGACUGUAG